AUGGUCCUCUUGAAGAAUGUCAAAAACUUUACCAAACACUACGAUAUCAUUGUGAUUGGUGCCGGAGCUGGUCUUGGAAAAUUAGGACGACCUGCCACAGAAUAUGGAUACUCGGUGGCCUUGUGCGAAAAUGAUCGGCUCGGAGGCACUUGCUUGAAUCGGGGUUGUAUUCCAUCGAAAAUGUUGAUUCAUCCAGCAGAUGUCAUUCAAACCAUUGAAUCGGCUCAUCGUUUUGAAGUUGAUGUGAAAAAGAAGGAAACAUCCACGAGUGGAGAGAAGGGUGAAUUGGAUUACGACGUUCGAUUUUCGGAAUUGGUGGCUCGUGUCUCAAAAACCAUCGAUGAGGAAAGUGAUUCCAUUCUUCCCAAUGUUGAAAAGAAUCAAAAAUUGGAUUGGUUUGUUGGACAAACUGCGAGAUUUAUUGGUGAAAGAACAUUACAAGUGGGCUCUCCGGAUGACAAUGUGGUCAUUACUGCCGAUCGAGUGUUUGUUGCAGCUGGCGCAAGAGCUGUUGAUUUAUCGGAUCAAAUUGAAGGAUUGGCUUCCACUCCAUACAUGACCUACAGAGAGGCUCUCAGAAAUCAACAACGAUUGAAGAGAUUAAUUUGUAUUGGAGCUGGAUAUAUUGCUACAGAGUUGUGUCACUUCUUUUCAAGUACUGGUACUCAUACUACUUUAUUUGUGAGAUCUAAAUUUUUGAAACAUGAAGAUGAAGAAGUUCAAAAAGAAUUUGAACGAGUGUUUGUCAAGAGGAAGAAUAUUGAGGUUAAGCAAGGAAUGAAACCUCUCAGAGUGAGAUAUGAAAAUAAUGAAUUUAUUUUGACUUAUUUGAAUCCCAACUUGGAUACAGCACAAGAGCAAGAAAUUCGUGCUGAUGGUUUGUUAGUUGCUGCUGGAAUUAGACCCAAUACUGAUGUAUUGCAAUGUGAAAAGGCUGGAAUUCAACUCACAAAAGAUGGAUUUGUAAAAGUCGAUCAAUAUUUACGAUCGGUGAGUGCACCCAAUGUUUGGGCCUUUGGUGACAUUGCAGGAAAUUAUCUAUUCCGUCACAAUGCAAACUUUGAAUCCGAAUAUCUCAUGGAAACAGUCAUCUCCAAGAUGAGUGAGCCCUAUCCUAUUGAUCAUACUGGUAUGCCACAUGCCGUAUUUGCCAAUCCUCAAAUUGCAGGAGUCGGCUUAACUGAACAGGAAUGUCGUGAAAAGGGUUUGAAUUUUGUUUCAGUCAAGAAUAAUUAUUCUGCCUCAGCAAUGGGUAUGGCCUUAUUGAGCGAUGAGGGAUUUGUGAAACUCCUUGUCGAACGUGGUACACGAAGAAUUUUGGGAUGCCACAUCAUUGGACAUGAAGCGAGCACUCUAUUGCAUCAAGUGGGAAUUUUGUUCAGAAUUCAAGGAGGAGCCAAACUCGAUGACUUGUUGAACUGCAUUUACAUUCAUCCUGCCUUGAAUGAAAUUGUUAGAAAUGCAGCAAGAAAAGCCAAACAAGCAUUAUUGAAUGCAGGUGACACAAUUCCACCCAAUUUAUAUUUCAAGUAA